CUGUCCCCGACAUUACUUCCCAGGCAGAAGCCGAGCGGGUUUGCGAUGAUUUGUGCAGGAUUUUUUUUGCAGCCACCGAGCCGAGCUCAGGGCAGCGGAGAUGGAUGGAGCGGUAGCCGCUAGUCUGGGCGAGCAGUCCCGGGCAUAAACACCCCGGAGCCACCAUGCCCGCGCCCCCGCCUCGCCGCUGGUUUCACUGCUAGGAGCAAGAAGGGAUUUGGUGAAUGCACCGGCUUCGCCCAGCGAGAGCAGGACCCUGCGCGGGCACAGGGCGCCCGACACACCAUGGCUGACGCAGACGAGGGCUUUGGCCUGGCGCACACACCCUUGGAACCUGACUCAAAAGAGCUACCCUGUGACUCCAAAGCCGAGAGCGCGCUGGGGGCCCCCAGCAAGUCGCCAGCGUCCCCGCAGGCUGCCUUCACCCAGCAGGGCAUGGAAGGGAUCAAGGUGUUUCUCCACGAAAGAGAACUGUGGCUGAAAUUUCACGAAGUAGGCACGGAAAUGAUCAUAACCAAAGCUGGAAGGCGGAUGUUUCCCAGUUACAAAGUGAAGGUGACGGGCCUGAAUCCCAAAACGAAAUAUAUUCUCCUCAUGGACAUCGUUCCAGCGGAUGACCACAGAUACAAGUUCGCAGAUAACAAAUGGUCCGUGACCGGCAAAGCGGAGCCUGCCAUGCCUGGCCGUCUUUAUGUGCACCCGGACUCGCCGGCCACGGGAGCGCACUGGAUGCGGCAGCUGGUCUCCUUCCAGAAACUCAAGCUCACCAACAACCACCUGGACCCAUUCGGGCACAUUAUUCUAAAUUCCAUGCACAAAUAUCAGCCCAGAUUACACAUCGUGAAGGCGGAUGAAAAUAAUGGAUUUGGCUCAAAAAAUACUGCGUUCUGCACCCACGUCUUUCCUGAGACGGCCUUUAUCGCAGUGACUUCCUACCAGAACCACAAGAUCACCCAAUUAAAGAUUGAGAAUAAUCCCUUCGCCAAAGGAUUCCGGGGCAGUGAUGAUAUGGAACUACACAGAAUGUCGAGAAUGCAAAGUAAAGAAUAUCCCGUGGUUCCCAGGAGCACAGUAAGACAAAAAGUAGCCUCCAAUCACAGUCCUUUCAGCAGUGAGCCUCGAGCUCUCUCUGCCUCAUCCAACUUGGGGUCCCAGUACCAGUGCGAGAAUGGUGUGUCUGGCCCCUCCCAGGACCUCCUGCCCCCACCCAACCCAUACCCACUGCCCCAGGAGCACGGUCAGAUUUACCAUUGCACCAAGAGGAAAGAUGAAGAAUGUUCCACCACGGACCAUCCCUACAAGAAGCCCUACAUGGAGACGUCGCCCAGCGAGGAGGACCCCUUCUACCGGGCCGGCUACCCCCAGCAGCAGGGCCUGAGUGCCUCCUACAGGACAGAGUCAGCACAGCGGCAGGCCUGCAUGUACGCCAGCGCCCCGCCCCCCAGCGAGCCGGUGCCCAGCCUGGAGGACCUCAGCUGCAACACAUGGCCCAGCGUGCCUUCCUACAGCAGCUGCACGGUGGCCACGGUGCAGCCCAUGGACAGGCUCCCCUACCAGCACUUCUCGGCCCACUUCGCCUCGGGGCCUCUAGUCCCCCGGCUGGCUGGCAUGGCCAACCACGGCUCCCCACAGCUCGGAGAGGGGAUGUUCCAGCACCAGACCUCCGUGGCCCACCAGCCUGUGGUCAGGCAGUGUGGGCCGCAGACUGGCCUGCCAUCGCCCGGCGGCCUGCAGCCCUCCGAGUUCCUCUAUUCUCACGGCGUGCCACGGACCCUGUCCCCGCACCAGUAUCACUCGGUGCAUGGGGUUGGCAUGGUGCCAGAGUGGAGUGAGAACAGCUAAAGCGAGACCUGCUUCCUUGCAGACAGUGGCUAGAGAGAGAGAAGAGACAGAGAGAGAGAGAGAGAGAGAGAGAGGGAGGGAGAGACAGUAGCAGAGAGAAACCCCACGGACGACAGUUUUCAUUUCCUUAUUCAAGUCUUCACCCAUGAGAGCGCUGAUCUAAUCAGCCGCUGGAAACCACAAUUCAAAAAAUGUGACUUUGUUUUUCCGUCUCAAAACCAACCGAGACGAGAUGAGCCCCCACCGCUGCCCCUACCCCACCCAGCCCCAUGACCACCGCACUCAUUGGCCGGCCAAGUUCACACCACCUCCAGAUGUCCUCCGUGAUUCCUUCUUUCGGUCUCCAGAAAGCCUUGCCUUAUCGAGUGUUUUAGCCGAAUGGUGUAGUUGGAGUCCUCCCUGUCUUGGUGUUAAUGUUGACAUUGUUAUAUAAUAAAUAAUAAUAUAUUUUUUUCCUUUCAAUUUUCUUAAUGGGACCCAGUCCCUUAUUUCGGGGGAGGUCUGAGGCAAGUGUGUUUCAAAAUAUGUACUUGUGGGGAUCCCCCCACAAAUAUACCACCCCUGAAACCUAAAUUUUGCCACCCUGCCCUUGACUAAGUAAUGACUACCUCUACCAUGUGACGUUCCUGAAAAGGUUCCCCAGGUCCCGGCUUUUGUCCGAUUUUUUCCUCCGUUGCCCAUCAUCUUGGGGCCCAGCGUGGCCCUCUCCUAACGCUGACCACCUUCUGGCCUCCUAUCUCCCUUGGCCCUCCCGUCUUCCCAGCUCUGUGUCUUUCCAGCCGUCUGUCGCUAAAACGUGGCCUAUAGCUUCCCGACCGGAAAGCUUGCUUUGAAAAACUUGAAAAGCCCUGGUUUACAUGUGGGCAGAACUGUGAUAAAGCAAGAAGCAACCUCUGUGCUGACAAGCAUUGCGAAGAGGCCAAAAUAAAUAUUGGUCCUGAUAAAACACAAAGCCAGCCCAAGCUUCCAGACUUCCAUCACCGGCGACCCGCCCCGGAUGCCAGGCAAAGCCCAAUGUUCCUACAGAAGAGGCCAGACCUGUUCGCUGAUUGGUUCUCCCCAAAGAAGUCACACCGACACCAGAUGCCGACACCAAACUGUGGUUAUUGAAAGCAGAAAACAGUAUAAAAAAAAAAAAAAUAAGCGUGUAAGUAAAACGUUAUUGCAGGGUUCUUCAGAGGUAAUAUUUUACUGGUACUAUUUAUUUAUAAAUAGGAGUUCUAAUUAAGUAAUAACAUGAAAUGAAAUCCAGCAUGGGAGCUGGCCAAGAGCUUUUAAUUUUAUUAAUACUCAAAACCAAGUUUGCGUUUUCUUUUUUUUUUUUUUUUCGAAUGUGCUUUGCUUUCUUGAUUAAAAAAAAUUUUUUUUUAAACCGACCCUAAUAAAGAGAACAGGGUAAUAUGUGAGGCUAAGUAUGUCCCAGUACGUGUGAGUGUGUAAGUAUGUUUGUACGUGAGUGUCUUCAUGCGAUUAUGUCUUUUUAUGUUGCUAAGGGGUGGGGUGAGAAUUAAGUACUCGUUUCGUAUAUUUGUGUGCCAAUUAAUGCCUAAUAAAUACCAUGUGCUUAAAAAAGUACAA